AAUAAAAUUGAUUCGUUAAACCAGAUAUACUAACAUAAAAAUAUCAAACAAGUGUUGCUUUUGAAUAAAUUGUUUAAGUAAAUUGAAAAUGCCACAAACUCAAGCAAAAAAACGUAAUAGUGAUAGAGAUUCCUCGGUUAUAUCGCAAUGCGAGGAUAGCAACAGCAGCAUUGCAGCAGGUACAAAUGCAGGAGUAAAUCUAAGUAAUGGCAGCAGUAGUUCGGGAAAAUCCAGAAAAAGAAAACGCUGCAGUGAUGUCCGUUUUAGUGAUUUGGAAUCUGAAUUUGAAGAUUGUGACCUUGAAGAUGCUGCCGCUUUGGAAACUAAACUACGUAAAGUUGCUCGUACCAACUCCCUAACGCACGAUGAAAUGAUGAAAUUACUUCAUAAAUUCGUUAAAAAUGAGCAUAUUUUGGCAUUAGUAACUCUGAAAGCUGAAGAUGAAUUGGCCCGAGAAAAACAAACAAAUGAAGAAACAAGAGCUAUACUAAUAACAGAGAAUCCUUCAGUACCAAAAUUAACACGAGCUAAAGCCCGAGAACUGAAUAAAACACCCAUUUUAAAAUUGCCCUCAAUUAAUCAGGAAGAUCCAGAAAUAGCAUCCUUAAUCAAAGAUGAUUUACGCUCCGACGAUGAGGAUGAAGAAUAUGUGUUCCAAGAAGAAGAUUUUUCCGACGAUGACCCCAACACUACCGCCUCGGAUUUAGAAUCAAAUCCGCGUACCCCACAAACACCAGCUAGCCAAUUUGAAGAUUCACCGGUUAAACUUUCAGAUGAUGGUUGUUUUAAGGUACCCUUGAGUAAGAAAGCUCAAGAAUUAUCCGAAGAAUUGCGCAUAGCCACUAGAACAAGAUCAAAGUUAUGUCUGCAACAGACUACUAUAGAAGAUUUGCAGUCGGAAUUUGUACCACCCGAUUUAGAUGAUCCGUUAGAAACUGCAGAUAUGCAGCCCUUGGAUGAAGAUUGGAUGCAGUUUUUAAAUGACUUUACAAAACCAUUAAACGCCACUUUAGUAGGAGACGAUGACGAUCCCAUUAAUGAUCCAGAAUAUGUGGCGGCAGAAAAAGUGACAGUUGAUGCAGAGGAACUAAGAGAUGUUAAUAUUUCGAAAAAAGAACUGUCUGAACUAGUUGCCGAACUUUAUGAUGGUUUAAUGACUGAAGGCUUAUCCAUGGAGAGUAUAGAUUUGGAGACACCACGUAAAUUUCUAUUAAGCUAUCAAGAAGACAGACUUAAUACGCCUAGUAACUCACCCGAAAGAUUAGAAGAUAAUUUAGAUGUAUCACGACAAUUGGAAUUUGAAAAUGGUCAACAAGCUACAAAACACAUUCAGGAAACACAAACUGUAACUAACGCCAUAAACUCAACAAAUAAUUUAGAUAGCCAACAGGAUUCAGAAAGACAAACUGCAUCUAAUGUAAUAACCUCAACAAGUAGUCAACAGGACUACACAUUUCGGCCAGAUAUCAUGUCUACACCUUCUACACAAAAUAAACAACUUAAUAAUGAAUACAAUAACCUAAACUCUGAUAAUAUGGCCCUAAUACCCAUAGGACAAUCAGAUAACAAUAAAAAUAUUAUAAUAGCUUCAAGCAACAUAAAUACUCAACUAGACUUAAUAGCUGUACCCAUACCAGGGCAACCAAAUUGUUUUCAGUUGGCCAAAGUAGUAAAUGGGAAUGCUGAAAAUAAUCAAUCCGCUAUACAAACAACUGAAAAUGCCACCUCGUCGAAAAGUUUACGUGACAGUAAACCAUACGAAAUAAACUACUCUCGAGAAUAUGUGUCUGUACGUCGUCAUAUUAUCGCCGAAUAUAUAGAUAAAUUUAAAAGUUUACAACAUGCCCAAGAUAACAAAAUAUCUAGCACUACAACAGAUACUACAGUUGCUAUUCCACCAAAUACUAAUACAGGUUUCACUCAAUAUCAAUAUGAUUUAAUGCAACAGCAGCUGAGAAUACAUAUACAACAGUUAACACAAAACUAUGUGCAAACCUAUUGCCAUCCGGAAUUGUGGAAAUUGGCCCCCAAACCCAAAGAACUCUUACUGGAUUUACAGGAGAAAGCUAAAACGAAUGUCAACCUACAAGUGUGGAAUUUAGAACCCGCCAUAGAACUCAUACAAAACUGGCAAAAAGAAUUAGAUCAGGAUACACCAGAAAAUACCGAAUUAAUGAACUUUUUGCAUCAUGAGCACGAUGUUGUCACCCAUCAAAUCCGCAAAAUACCUCGUUUUCAUCCACGCAUAAUAGAUUGUUAUCUUAACUCGCCCGUCUUCAUGUAUCCUCAGUAUUUACCCAGAAUGCCUUUUUCAUCUAAACCAUCAGUACCUAUUUUCUCGCCAGUGGAAUCUUAUCUAGUUGCCAUGGGUUUAGAAAAGCAUUUACGGCUUAUUUAUGAGAAAAAGGAAAAAAUAUCUUUCAAGACGACACCUUUGAGAGUGGCCUGUAAAAGAUUGGCUAAGGAUACGGUGUGUGGUAAACGCCCAAGACGGAUUUGGGGUCAUAUAUUGCACUUACAAAAUGUUGAUUACUAUAAUCCAAUUAAGUACUUUUUUGAACAUAAUAGAGCUCCACCGGUAGAUCACGAUCCUAUUUGGACUUAUGAAAAUAAUGUUGUAUUGCCUCCCAAGGAUCGUAUACCAGAAUUGCCAUUAGUUUUUCAAACAUAUUUACAAAAGAAAAACGAACCUCCCAAACCAAAGCCUUGUGAAAAUAAAAAAUCACGCAAAAGGUCCUCCACAGUUAAGGUGUCAGACGCAUUUAGGAAUUCUUACUUGGAGUUUGUGCAAGAGGCUGUUGGUCAAGAUCUGCAUAUGCCCAUUUAUGACCCAGUUGAGUCAAGUGAUACGCCACUAUCAGAUGCCGAUUCUAAUACUGUUAUUGGUGAGAAACGUAAAAAGUUAUCAAAUCCCAAGCCAGCGGCAAAAAGAAGACUGCCACAAUCACUGACCAUAAAUGUGAAUUAUGUUUAUGGUAAUGGUUUAGAUAUCUCCACAACAUCAGUAAACUCAUCUUUGCCAGCAUUACCUGCACCUUCAUAUACAAUUGAGCCUCCUCAACAUACUCCCAUUAGAGAUAAUUCAACAUCAAACUUCUUGAAUUCAACAGAAGCUGAAGAAACAAACAUUACUAAUCUUAACACUAGUAACAGCAGCCUACCAGAUUCUACUAUAAAUAGUACAGUCGAUGUGACACAAAACAAUUUGAAUAAUACAGCAGCAAAUCCCGAGUGUCCCAUUAUUACAUACAAUUUCGAUUGGAGAACAAAAACUUUACAGCCAGCCUUUGAUUCUACUAUAAAUGAAUCUGAGCCAGUGGUCUUUGAUGAUUCCUCUCAUCUACCAGUUAUAAUUAAUAGUUCAAAUUCGCCUCAUAAAUUGAAGGAUGAAGUUUCUUAUCGCUUGCAGAAAAAACAAAAAAUAAUCAAGAAAUUAAGAAGAACAUCUAAAAAAGUUGGGGGCACCAUUAAACUACACAAAAAUAUCAAACAAAAGUCUUCGGCUUAUCGUGAGAAACGCAAUUUACAACGACGUUGUGAGGAAUUAAUAACAACGUACUCUUUGCAUUUAGAUAAACUACUAUUGAAAUAUAAAGACUAUCCUUUAAUACAAAAUUAUUAUCGUCGUUUUAAGGCUUUGGAAUUAUACACUAACCUCUUAAAAAAAUUAAAGUCUAUUUGUGCUAAGAAUUGUAGCGCUAUGUCAAACUCCACGAAUAACAGUCCCUCCAAUUUGAAACGUACACGUAGCAGCAACUCGAAUACAGAAGAUGAUAAUAGUCCAUCGUCGGCAAGGCAAGUGCGAAAAUUAAAUCGUCAAGAGGAAAAUUUUAGACACAUGCUGUUGCCCGAUACGCCAGAGGAGGUAAAUCGUAAAGAUGCUAUUUAUGCUUUUAAUUUCUAUGAAAAGGUGGAAGAAGCUUUUAAGGCUUCUAACAAACCUGAAGACUGUAAAAAAUUCAAUGCCAUACUGAAAUCAUUUGAUCCCAAAAAGGACAAAGUAUCAGAUUUAUAUUAUAAAUUAGAAAAACUCUUUCUGCCCGAUCAUCCCGAGCUGGCUCAAGUGUUUCUCACUUUUCUCCUGCCUUCCGAAGCAGCUGAAAUUGGGAAAUUUUUUGAGCACUUCAUGAUCAACAACAUGACCACCUUUAUAAAUAAAUUAAAUAUUUAUUUCAACAAACAGCCGGCUCAAAUACGUAAAAUCUAUAAUAGUUUAAAUGAUUUGGCGGAAGAUCCUGAUGUUAACAUGAAAAAAGUAGAAACAAAAAUCAUACCACUAUUAAAGGGAAAUCAAUUUUUGAUCGAUUGGUUUAUGCAACAAUUUCCUCAAAACACACCGCCCGAAAGAUUGUUUACCAACUCGGAACAUAUAAAUCUUAAGGAUCAGCAAACUAAUCGUACUGGAGAAUAUGUGGAGACUGUAACUGAUUUAAUGGAUUCGCCCACAAAUGAUGCCCAGCAACAACAAAGUUGUCAGUUGAGGUACAUAAAUGGCCGCAUGUUCUAUGGUUCCAAAAUGUUAUUACCCGCCAAAUUGUCUUUUAUGGCGGCAACUUACAAAGACAAACCUCAGUCUAACGAUGCUUCAACUUCAGUAAACGCCUGUGUGCAUGGCAUUAGAGAACAUGGCGAAAAACGUCUACAGGCUGCCGCAGAUCUAACAUCAACACACACAAAUAUCACAGAGGUGCCUUCAAGUGAUGACCAAGACAAAUCAGAAGAGGAAGAUGUCUCAAAGGCUUUAGUUAUUGACACAGGCGAUGAAGAGGACAGUUGUUCUUCGGUGGAAUUGUGUGAUGAGGCCACCCUAAGGUCUCAUGCCACCAGACUAAAUCCUACUGUUUAUAGUUCCACCUGUUAUGCCACAGCCAAUGCCACUAGUACACCCAAUUUGAUUAACAAUUUUCAAGCUCAUCAUCCCAAUGCUAAAAAGACUUCUUUGAAUUUCAAUGAAGAAGCCAAAUUAUCGCCACGUAAAAACUCUAUAACAACCGCAACAUCUUCACAAUCGAAUAUAACGUCUCCUUUAGCGGCGGUAAUUUGCAAUUCUCCCAUAAACUCCAAAGACAAAAGAAAAUCUCCUAGUAAAAAAACAAAAUCACCUUUAAACAACAGCAGCAACAAGAACAUAAGAACUAACCAUGCUUCUGCGGUACAGCCCAUGGUAGUUAUACAUGAAACUAAUUCAGCUAUACAGUGUGCUAAACGUUUGAAAUCUCUUAUCGACGGAGAUGGACAACAGGGUGAAAAUAAUGAAGAAGUAAUAGAUUCUAAAGAAAUUAUACAAAUCGUAGCCAGAACUAAGAAUUCGCUCAAGUCUACGCAAAGCUUAACACCAGCUAGUACUACUUCCAUAUGUGAAGAAGUUAAGGAAGAAACCUCCGAAGAUUUAGAAUUUCUGGCCGAAGACUCAGCGCUAAGUCCCAGUCCUUUCCCCUGUCUGCGUAUGGAACCCGAUUCCAAUGAAGAAGAUGCUUAUAAUACAACACCCCCACCGCCACCAUCUCAACCGGCUGCAGCUGCCAGUGAUGAUGACUGUAAAAUUGAUAUAGUAACUUCAUUAACCACCGACGUUAAUGGCUCAGCUGUACCCUCAACUGAUAAAACCACAACAGUUUUACCUUUAAAUGCGGCAUGGACCAGAGAUGAAGAUAAAAUAAUACUCAUCGAAAUGAAACUGGGCUCUCAGAAUCGUCAAGAACUAUAUGAACGUAUAGCCGAAAAACUACAAAAUAGGACAAUGUUUGAAAUAACGUCACGACAUCAAUUUUUAAUGGAUUUUCUGUCGAAAUUACAAGGAAAAUAAUUUCGUGAAAACUUGUUCAUUGUUAAUAGUUUUGUUUUAGAUUAAGGAAUUUCAGAAUUAUCUUAUUUGUGUAUGUAUUUCCUAAAAUAUGAAAUAUACGUUUAUCUCUUUAACAAUAAA